UCUCUCUGCAGCGACAUCAGCCCCUUGCUGAAGGAUCCUGCAGCCUUCAGGAUUUUGAUUGAUCUUCUGGAAGAGCAUCUGAGGGCGUCUUUCCCCAAAAUCGACUUCAUUGCAGGCCUGGACUCCCGCGGCUUCCUCAUCGGCCCCCCUCUGGCUCAGAGACUGGGGAUCGGCUUCGUGCUGAUACGGAAAAAGGGGAAGCUUCCCGGUCCGACCGAGUCUGUCUCCUACGCCCUUGAGUAUGGCAAGGCUGAACUUGAAAUCCAGAGUGACGCCGUGGAACCAGGACAAAAAGUAGUUAUUGUAGAUGACUUGCUUGCAACUGGAGGUACCAUGUGUGCAGCCUGCGAGCUGAUGAAGAGGCUGAAGGCUGAAGUCCUGGAAUGCCUGGUGAUCAUAGAGUUAAAACUCCUGAAAGGGUCGGAAAAGCUCAAGUCCAUCCCUUUCUACUCUCUGCUGCAGUAUGACUGAGGAGGCGCAGGAGAAGGGAAUGCAC